AAUCGAGCGACGCAAAAUUUCAUUGUAGAAUAAUGGGUAUAAAAUUUAAUAUUUUCCCAGACGAUAGAAUAGUGCGAUUCGAUAAUCCAGACGGAUAACACCUGAGGUUGAGGAUCUUAACGCGGAAAAGUUUUAAGUGUGUUGUGGUUUUAGAUUGAACUGAGACAGUUUUUUUCUAGUAGUUUGCUUUUCCGAUAAAGAAUAGAAACGAUGACUAAAUUCAAAGCAACGCUGAUAGUACUUCUAUCAUCAGCACUUUGCUUCUCAACAGCUUUCGACUUUAACGACCUGGCAAAGAAGGCAGGCGAUGCCGCUAAGGUAGCUGGUAAGGCCACCAAAAGUCUGGUGGAGAAAACUCCUGAGAUCUUUUCACCGGAGCAGCUGCUUGAUUUUGGCAAACAAUCUAUCGCUGGAGUGCCACUUGAAGCGCUGGCCGCUACUAUCAACAAGAUUUGUUCCAUAGCUGGAUCGACGAACGCAACAGAAUCGGAGAACUCUGUCAACAUCACGGAAAUGAACUACGUUUUGCUAACGGAGAAGGAGAACGUUACUAUACCUCUACUGGAGUCCGAUGAUCUGUGGAGCCAUGAACUUUUUAAUGAUUCAUCAGAGACCGUUAUACUGGUAACAGGUUGGACUACGAAUAUCAAAGGACUAAACAAGGCGAUCGAUACGAUUUAUAAAGCAUAUCAAGCGCGGGGUGGCUAUAAUUUUGUCGUAAUCGAUACUUCCGAUUAUGUAGAUACUUUGUACACUUGGUCCGCUUUUAAUACGAACGAUCUGGGGAAAGGCUUGGCGCAGGGCUUGGAGGAGUUGAUAAACUAUGUACAGUCAUCAUCCAUACAUCUGAUUGGACACAGCUUGGGGGCACACAUUGUCGGGACUGCAGGACGCCAAUUUCAGUACAAGACCGGCCGGUCUGUUCCACGCAUAACCGGGUUGGACCCGGCGAAUCCAUGCUUCAACGAAGGCGAAGCUUUGAGCGGAAUAUCUCGCGGCGAUGCCGAUUUCGUCGAUAUUAUUCACAGUAACGCCAAAGUUCUCGGAAAGCGUGAUCCAAUCGGGGAUGUGGAUUUCUAUCCCAAUGGGGUGGUGUCCGUACAGCCGGGUUGCUUGAAUCCAGCCUGCUCUCAUGCUCGAGCUUGGGAACUUUACGCGGAAACCGUCUAUCCGGGAAAUGAGGAAAAUUUACUGGCUACGAAGUGUAAUUCCAUUCUGUCGCUGGAUACGGGUGCUUGUCCUGGAAAUCCUAUCCCGCUAGGAUUUGCGUGUCCGAAAACUGCCAAGGGAAACUAUUUCCUUAAGACCAACGAUAAAACGCCAUUUGGGAGAAAGCUAAAGGGGCAAUAGGAUGCUCGGUUGUUAACAAUAAAGAUUGAGCUGUUAUUAUUCUGGCAAUGGUA